AUUAGUUUUUCACACUCCACGAGUGAGCUGCAGGUUGAGGCUCCUGUGUUGACAAUUUGACGACAAGGGAAGCGAGUGUUGAUGGUUCGGUAGGUUUUAAAGUUUAGUUAAUGUUAGAAAUCUAGCAAGUUAUUUUAUUUGGUGCGUUUUUUGUCACUUGCAAACUACGAGAAGUUAUGCUGUAGUAAUUAUCAAUAUAUAUGCAACAAACCAUAAUAACAGGCCUGCGUAAAGUGUGGAAAAGAUGGAUUGAAUGUGGCUGUGUUCGUUCAGUUGCUUGCUCCACUGAAACUACCGAGAUUGGGGGAAGGAAAGAAGCGGAGAUCGUGUUUUUCUUAGCCGAGCAGAGAGAGGGGAUGUCGGGCAGAAGUUGUGGAGUGCCUCGGGGGUACAGCAGCAGCAGCAGCAGCAGCAGCGGUGGGAGCUCCAGCAGCAUGCAGCCUAUAAAAGCCACGGUCCCGUAUCAGCUCCAGAGAGGAUCGGCUCUUCUACUGGGGAGGACCGAAGUCAAAACCGCUGACAGGACUGCCGCUCGCCCACCAAAGCCCACCAUUCGCCGGACGUUAUCACUGGACACCAUUGUGGGGCCCUACCUGCAAGGACAGUGGCCCAAAGAAGCAGAGAGCAUGACUGUUACCUGCGUCAAUGAUAAAGCCACACAGACUCCUAGUUCUUGGGCAGAAGAAACCCGAGGCAGAAGAAAUGCAAGCGGACACAAAAGAUCAGCAUCUUGGGGAAGUGCAGAGCAUCUCAGAGAGGUGGCCAAGUUGAGGCACCAGUUGCAGAAACGCUCCCGUCAUGCCGCUCCAUCGUUGGGGUAUGAGCUCUCUCACCCACCCCUGCCCGCGGGGCAUGUAGCAGGCAUCACACAGACUAUGCCAAUGAUCCCCUUAAACAGAAUUGCUACUCGUUUGCGACGCAGUGUUGAGGGCCUGAACCUAGAACUUGAAGAAGUUUUUGUGUCUGAGAAACCUGACGACGAUGAAGAACAUGAGAUAUCUCAGAUUUUGGACAUCCCAGACGGCCAUCGCGCCCCCGCCCCAGUACAGAGGUGUAGCAGUGGGUCUCAGAGUGAGCCCUCCCCGGGACCCCUGGAUCCUGCCCUGCUGUCUCCAUCCCAGUCCCCGUGUCCGCUUCACCCGGCGCUUCUGUCACCCUCCAAUUCACCCUCCACCUCACCCUGCCCCAUGAACACCUGCCUGCUGUCCCUGUCACAGUCCCCCUGCCACAUGGGAGGGCCAGUCUCUGAGGACUGCAGUGCAUUGUGCCCCUCCUCCUCUGCUCUCCCCUCUUUUGCGCUCAGCCCUCCUCUGCUCCAGCAAUGUUCCUCUGCACCCCGUCCCAACAGAACUUACUCCUAUCAGCGAGAGCCUCCAGAGGGGUGUGAGAGAAGAGGACUGUGCAUAGACCCAAUGUCUGCCUCUCAGGACGAGCCUCUUCUUGCCCCCUCCUGUCCAGACCUCAAUAAAGUGAACUUCACCCCUCAUGGAGGCUCUGCUUUCUGCCCCGUGAGCCUCCUGAAGCCCCUCCUGCCCUCCAUGGACCUCCUCUUUAGGGGGCUGUCUGUGUCUCCUGUCACCGGAUGCCCCGGACAAGUUUCUCCCACAAGACACCUGGGCAUGCAGUGAUGACAAAUGAAACAGACACUUUUGAACUGGUCUAUGUGUCAUGAAGGAAAAUGGAAAUCCCACAUACUUGAUCUUGAUACAUUUGGACAUUUUUGGUUCUCUGUAAAAAACAAAAAAUGUGGCUGCUUUUCUGGCGUUAUUACACCUGCAAGAGGACUGCACGAGAGCUGAUCUUCACCAGCACUUAGAGUAACUCACAGUAAUGUUGUCACUAUGGCACUCAACAGUGACUGCCCACACCCUAGUUCAGGAAGUAAAUUUCUCAGUUACUUUUCCCAUAGACUUUAUGAAAAAACUAGCAUUAAGUUUGUAACCUUGCUUAGGUCUAAUCAGCUACAUAGUAACUAAUGGGCACAAGACCUAUAAUGUUUUUACACUUUAUAAACUUUAAAAUGGUGAGUUAUUAAAGCAUUUAGCUGAAUCUUUUGUUUUAAAUGUGCCUUUUGGACAGUGCCUUAUGGAUAUUAGUUACUGUGUAGCUGGUUAGCCUCUGCAAUAUCUUUGAACUGUUAAUAUUUGAAUUAGUAAAAGAAAUAUAUGGGAAAAAAUUAAUAAAAAAUGUAUUUCCAGAACUGGA